UACCCAUGUGAGACCGGCUGGGCAAUCAGUUUACUCUGGACAAUCGUUUCGAGCAGAUCGGAUCAGUGCAACGGUAAAAAAAUUUGUAGGUAAUACUUUGGCUAGUGCAUCAACAUUUGAAUAUGUCACCCUCGAAUUCUACUUCAUCGUCAACAUACACCGUCGACAUUCGUUCGGACACGGUAAGUUUGCCCUCUGAGGAAAUGCGUCAGGCAAUGUUUGAGGCGGCAGUUGGUGAUGAUGUUUAUGGUGAGGAUCCCACUGUUUUGGAGCUGGAAGAGAAGUCGGCUGCAAUUUUUGAAAAGGAAGCCGGGUUGUUUGUACCUACCGGAACAAUGGCAAAUUUAUUAGCAAUAAUGGUUCAUUGCCAUCGCCGUGGUGCUGAAGCAAUUUGUGGCGAUAACUCGCACACUUUCCUCUAUGAGCAAGGUGGAGCAGCACAACUCGCCGGAGUUCAAUUAGCAACAAUUAAAAACAAAACAGAUGGAACUUUCUGCCUCAAGGAGAUGCAACAAAAAUUUCGUCUUUACGAUGAUUGUCAUGAGCCCGUAACUUCUUUAGUAAUAGUAGAGAAUACCCACAACAUGUGUGGUGGCAAAGUCUUACCAUUAGAGUGGUUAGAUGAGCUGGCCGCCAUUUGUAAUGAUCCCAAAAAGACAAAUGGCAAAAAGGUUGCCCUCCAUAUGGAUGGUGCCAGAGUUUUUAAUGCUGCCACAUAUCUUAAAGUGCCCGUUGCGCGUAUCACCAAAGAUUUCGAUUCGGUCUGCUAUUGCCUAAGCAAAGGUCUGUCUGCUCCGGUGGGUUCGGUGCUGUUGGGCAAUAAAGCAUUCAUUAAUGAGGCUCGUCGUCUACGUAAAGUUUUGGGAGGUGGAAUGCGUCAGUGUGGCAUUCUUGCUGCUGCCGGCUUAGUGGCUCUCGAGACAAUUGUGCCACGCUUGAAUGGGGAUCAUCAGAGAACAAAACGUAUCGCAGAAGCUCUAUAUAAUCUAGGAAGUCCCAACGUUUCCGUCGACUUACCCAAUGUGCACUCGAAUAUACUGUUGAUUCACAUGGUUAAUCCCAAAGUAAGUGCCGAUGACUUGUCCAAACGUUUGCGCACAGUGACAGCCCAAGAAUUGGCCGAUGGUUUGGUUACGGCCAAGGAGGAUGGUGCUGGUGGCAUUGUACUGAAGGUCAGUGCCCGUGACUGGUCAUAUGCUCGCAUAGUGCUGUAUCACCAGAUUACGGAUAAGGAUGUGGAGUAUGCCAUUAAAAAGUUUGAAUAUGUCAUCAAAGAGUACGAUCGUCUGUUGGCAUGAAUUGCCAUUUAAACUGAAACGUCGCAAAUCCUAGGAAUGGACAAAGAAAAACAAAAAACAAGAAUAGAAAAUUUUUACCAAGUCAUGCAAAUAAAGAUUUCUAAAGGAA